UUUUGUAGGAUAAAUGUGCGGUAAUUGUAGUGAUGGGUGUGUAUAAAGAAUUUCCUCUUACACUGCUAGAUAACGAAAGAACGCUUGGGUUUACCAGGUCGUUUGUGCUCGAGUUAUUUGAUGACCAAAGUAGAGCUGUGAUCACAAACGAACAAUUGCACGUAUAUAACGCGUUGAGCUAUCAGGAAAGGAACGCGUUCCAAGACCCGAGGGUCCAUACAGAAGUCCUCAUUCCGCAGGAAAGCGUUUUAAAAGCACAGAAUGAGGCCGAACAUGAAGAGCUUGUCUUCACAUUGGGGCAAAUUACAAAACUAAAAGUCGAUUGGUCUAGAAAAUGUUUAGAAGAAUGCAAUUAUGUCUUGAAAGAAGCUAUUGAACUCUUUGUAGAUCUGUACAAAGCAGAUAAGUUUCCUAAACACGCAUUUGUAGAUUAAUAUUUUUUAUCGAAUAAUACUUUUUUCUGUCUUGUAUAUGUGUAUAUUGUAUGUUGUGAACGAUGAGAAGCUUGUGAAAAGGGAAAUAAAAUACUAAAGGUUCUGGUAAUGUGAAUUUGUGAGUUAUUAGUAACGCGUUUUGGGCUAUUCUGGUGCCAUACUCUAAUAGGAAAAUGUUGCUGUAUACUGUGUUUUUCAUAGUUUUCUUUGCAUAUGUUUGUCACUGUUUUCCGCAUACCUCUACAUAUACGCUGCCAGAUGUUUAUGGUCCACCAGAUACAGAUUCGAAUCAACCACCAGAACAAAUUUUAGAACCUUUGGGAAAAUUAGGAGACGCAGUCGAUGCAAAGAUUGAUCAAGCUGUAAACGCAAAAGCUGUAAAUUUUGUAACUCCGUUUCCUCCUUCUGGACGAAAGAGUCCUGUGCUGGAAUCCUCUGCGAAAGAGUCCAUACCUAUUCAAGCCGAUAUUAAAUAUGGAAAUUUGCAACAGUUUGUUGCUGGUUUACUGAAUCCUAAGCCAUUACUCGAUAACAUACAAGAACACGAAAAGUAUGGAAAUGAUGGCGGAAAAGGAAGAGCUGUCGGGACAUUUUUAGUGGGUGCAUUUGAAGGUUUUUCCAAUGCCAUUAAUGCCGCCGUUGAUGUGCCAUUUAAAACAGCUAAGACGAUUGGUAAGAAACUCACUAAUUCUCUAAACCAAAUAGGAGGCAAACUUGUUGGAUUAGCAUGACAGUAUUAUGUUGUUAGAUAUUAUAAGUAUUAUAUAAAGUUUGUUGAAUAUU